AUGGCAGUUAGGCUGGAAGCACGAGGUAGGUACGAACGAAGAAAGAGGGUGGUUCUUGAAGUCAAGAUCUGGCGGACCAUAGGUGUGUCCGGAUCCUUGUUGGUUAUGUUUCGCCAUGGUAAUAUGGUAUUCGGCCGAAUCCAGACCCUCAUCCCACAAACCCAAAGUGUUUCUCAUCUCCUUCAACUUCACUCUAUCCUCCUAAAAUCCGCGCUCGAUCAUGAUAACGACUUGGUGAGCCAGAUUGUCUUAUCCGCAUGCUCCAUAUCUGUAAAUUGUGCCAAAUUGGUUUUCGAUAACAUACCCAUUGUUCCUCCAAUUUUUGCUUGGAAUACCAUCAUCAAAGCAUUUGCAAAGAGUUCAACUCCAGUUGAAUCUGUCAAGCUCUUUUGUCGGUUGCGAAGUUUUGGUCUUCAACCGGACAAUUUUACGUAUCCUUUCGUCCUUAAAGCUUGUGGCCGCUGCUCAUUGGUUCGGCAAGGUGGGAUGGUGCAUUGCUUGACUUUGAAGACCGCUUUUGAUUCGGAUCGGUAUAUAGGCAAUACCUUGUUGAAGAUGUAUGUAGACUGUGGCUACGUUGAGUCUGCAAGACAGGCGCUUGAUGAAAUGUCUGUUAGAGAUGUUGUGUCAUGGAGUUCAAUGAUUGCUGCAUAUAUCGCCUGCAACUCUCCUUCAGUUGCACUGAAUGUAUUUCAAGAGAUGAGGAUAUCCAAUGUAAAGCCCAACGCAAUCACCUUGGUUAGUUUGCUUUCCGCUUGUACCCAUCUGCUCAAUAUCUGUGCAGGGAAGUCCAUUCAUUCCUAUAUCAUCAGGAAUCACAUUGAACUGGAUGUUGCUUUGGGUACAGCCCUGUUUGAGAUGUAUUCAAAGUGCGGACUAAUCGAAAAAGCCCUUCAAAUUUUCAAUUCAAUGCAUGAAAAGAACUUGCUGUCAUGGACAAGCAUGAUAUCUGCUCUUGCAAAUCAUGGACGUCACAGGAUGCUUUUUCUCUGUUCAGCCAGAUGA